AUGUUCGCUUUAUAUAUUAUUGUCCUGUUUCUUCUCAAAAGCCAUACAGAAGCGUGGGUUUGCGGUUCAAAUGCAAGAUUGCUGUUUUUUUGUUACAAUCCAUUCAAUGGCUUCUGUAUGAAAUGUGUUUGUGAUAAUGGUUAUACACUUAUUGCAGAUCUCUGCACAAAUCGAAAUGAUCCAUACUACAGAAUGCAAAAAGAUUUGGAACUCGAACGAUUCCGCAUACGAAUUGAGUUGAUGGGAAAGGAGAAUCCAAAUAUAACUAUAGUACCACAUAUCAUUUGUCCAAGUAACAUGGUGUUGGUUGAACAUAUUUGUCCACCAUCAGAAAAUUGGGGACCAAACUGCCAUCUCAUUUGCAAAUGCAGAGAUGGAUUGCGUAAGAUAGGCGAUAAUUGUGUGAUAGAAAGAAAAAAAUAA